AUGCCCCGCGCCCUCUUACUACCUCCUAGCCACGCCGUCCUGGGCAACCCGGCGCUGGUCCGCGAGGUCGUGGCCUACCAAGGCGGUAUGACGCACGCCGUUCGCGCCGAAUACCAAGCGUGGCGCGCCUUUGUGACCGAAAUGCAGGAAGAUGGCAUGUACAGCGUGUUUGGCCUCCUUCGCUCGAUGCUGCUCUCGUCGUUGACGGACACGCGCUUCAUGCUGCACCAGGCCAUCAUUGAGAACCGGCCGGAGAGCGUCCUUUGCCUUGUCGAGCACGAGCCCAA